GGCUCUGGUAGAUACCGGAAGUCACUUUCUUCUCGUGGAUAAUUGUGACUGCUUCACACUCGUGCACAAACUUUCUAAUUCUUUUGAUGUGACUGGAGAGGUCCAAAGUCGUCUCAAAUGUCCAAUACUGACUAAACCAGAAGAAAGAGGUUUCUUGAACUGGUUAAAAUCAAAUCGGACCCAGGGUGUAGAUCGUUAUGUUCCUGUUUGAAUGUUUACGUCCUUUUGCAGUCCAGUGUAUGUCGGUUUCUUUAACGUUAGCUCAAACAAUUCGGCGAACAGUACCACGGAGUCUUUCUUUUUUAUUAAUAUGACUUUCGACCGUGGGAAUCGUACAUCAUUGUAGCAAACCCCAGCAGUACCUGAAAUUAAGUGUUGUAAUGGAAGCCAUUAAAAUGAUCUAAAUGGGUAGAUAACGUCGCUAACGCAAUUCGGUAUCCAUUCGCCGCGGCUUGCAGAACCAAUUUCUUCAAAAAUGGUCAAUAUUCUUUCAUAAAAAUGUACUUAAUACGAGUCGGUGGAUUCCAAUAAAAUGUGUUGUAUUUUGAGUUUGGCAUGAUUAUUAGCCAGUCAGGAAUGUAUCGGUUUUGGACUCGCUGGGUCUCUAAAGUCCGCGUUGGCAAUGAACGUGACCUCAGCACGGAUGGAUGUCUACUGGUAGCUGCGCGUUUUGGAAUAACGUUGAUUGUGUAAACUUGAACGCGAGGUUCAUUCACAAUAUCGCUCCCGUCACCUAGUCUAAAAAUGGAGAACAUUAUGCCGUCGGAAAUUGAGAAAGCUAAGGAAUUCUGGAGAAAUGUGGAUGUGAGCUUUAUAUUUGGUGCCCUGUGUGAUCGCCUGCAGUACCUGAGAGACAGGAUUGAAGCGGAGAGAGCUUCAGACAGAGAGUUUAUUGUGGGUAUGAACAUAAUUCUGGCAUCUGAACUCUACAUCAGUCCAAAGGCCGAGACUGACUCUGAUGAGGAGUCUCUGCUUUACGGUGAGAUUCUGCCAGUGGCCGUGACAGACGGGGACCCUGUGGAGUGGAAGGUGGAGGGUGAGGUGUCACAGGGCAGCUCUCGAAACAGCUCCCCUUUCAGCCCGGACGCCCCCGUAUCGCCCUCCCAGCCCGAAGGAGACGACCUCUCCCUGCCGCCAUCGCCCCUGCAGUUUGAAAGCGCCGAACUCCUGCCCUCCCCGCCUGAAAACCAGGACCUCCUCGCCCCCCUCUCUCCCAGCCACACUGAAGGAGAUGGCCCCCGGACCCCCCCGUCUCCGGCCCAGACGGGGAGGGGCAGCCCCAUGGCCCCGCUCUGCCUCCUCCAGCCCGUGUUCCAGCCCCACUCCUGCAGCUGGAUCUGCCUGCCCCUCCCCUCGCUCUCAGCCUAUCAGCACCUCCGGGGUCGCAACCCCUUGAAAGUGCCCCUGAUUUGGGGUUUCCAGCGGCUGCAUGCCGCGCCCCCGGGGCAGGGGGCGGAGUCUGGAGGGCCGGUCGUCUUUUACAAGGCGCCGUGUGGGCGGAGCCUGCGGGGGCCGGGGGAGGUGCUGCGCUACCUGCGGGAGACGGAGGCCGACGCCCAGCUGCACCCGGGCAACUUCAGCUUCAGCGCCGCGGUGCUGCUGCAGCGCAGGGUCCCGCCCCCAGGGGGCGCCAGGGAGCUGCUGGACGCGGACAUCAGCCGGGGGGCGGAGCCUGUGGCGGUGCAGCUGUGGAACGCGGUGGACGAGGGGCGGCCCGCGCGGUUCCGGUACCGCUCGCAGUGCUGGCUGCGCGGCUGCCUGCCGGGGGCGGGGCCCGUCUACGCGUCCUGCUGCGACUGCGCAGACGGCUGCACAGACCCACGCACCUGCGCCUGCCUGCAGCUCUCCCUCCGGCCCGCCCCCAACUCCCAGCUCUACCGCUUCAGACGCCUGCCCCGCCCCCUGCCCUCUGGGCUGUACGAGUGUGGACCGUGGUGUGGGUGUGACCGCGCUCGCUGUCAGAACCGCGUGGUCCAGCACGGUCUGCAGGUGCGCCUGCAGGUGUUCCGCUCCCAGGACCGGGGGUGGGGCGUGCGCUGCAUCGAUGACCUCGACGCGGGCACCUUCGUCUGCACGUACACAGGUGUGGUUCUGAGGGCGGGGCCAGAUUCGGGAGCGUCGCGUUUGAGCGCGGUGACCUCUGACCCUUCCUCUCAACGGAGAGCAGUGGCGUCCUCGCGUGGUGGAGGUGGUGUGGGGUGGAGGGUGCCUGCGGGUGCUGGUCUGUGGUGUUUUUUGAAUGGGGGCGCUGGUCUGUGGUGUUUUUUGAAUGGGGGCGCUGGUCUGUGGUGUUUUUUGAAUGGGGGCGCUGGUCUCUGGUGUUUUUUGAAUGGGGGCGCUGGUCUGUGGUGUUUGAGGAAUAGGGGUGCUGGUCUGAGAUGUUUGAGGAAUAGGGGUGCUGGUCUGUGGUGUUUGAGGAAUGGGGGCGCUGGUCUCUGGACUGCUAAAGCUAAUCUCUUCUCAUUACAGCCUCAGUCUGGAGGUGUAGAGAGAGGAACAUCUCCCUGCUCAGUGUCCCACCCACUCCUACUGCUGCCCCAAACCAACACAGAUGCAGAGAACGGCAAGUGGGAGGGCAAAGAGGCGGAGCCUGGGCUGAACUCGGAGUGGGCGUGGCUAGGGGAGGGCGGAGACGGAGAGGAGGGUCACACCGGGGCAGACGAGGAACACCUGUACUACCUGGACGCCACAGAGGAGGGCAAUGUGGGGAGAUUCCUUAAUCAUAGCUGCUGCCCGAACCUCUUUGUGCAGAACGUCUUCAUCGACUCCCACCACCGCGACUUCCCCACGGUCGCCUUCUUCACCAGCAGGGCGGUGACCGCUGGAACAGAGCUGACCUGGAACUACUCAUACGACCCAGGAAGUGUUCCGGAACAGGAAGUGCCGUGUCAGUGUGGCUGUGAGAGUUGCCAGGGCACGCUGAUCUGAUGAGGUCAUCCUUCCUGCUCUGGGCACCAUUUCCUGCCCUAGGCACGACUUCCUGUGCUGGGCUCAGCUUCCUGGAGGACAAGGACGAGCACAUUACAUUACAUUACAUUACGUUACGUUGCAUUUAGCAGACACUCUUAUCCAGAGCAACUUAAACAACUUUUUACAUAGAAUUUUACAUUGCAUCCAUUUUAUACAGCUGGAUAUAAACCUAGUUGUAUCAAGGGUACGACGGCAGUGUCCUACCCAGGAAUCGAACCUGUGACCUUUCGGUUACAAGCCCUUAGCCACUAGUGGGUACGCAUGCUCAGUCACAGUGCCAGACACAAGUAACGCGCCCAUCCACAUGCUAACCACUAUGCUACAGACUCACACCGCCCUCACCGCCCCCCGUUUCUUUCCUGCUUGGUACACGUGGCCCUCAGGCCGGACGCUGUGUGGCUGGGCUGAAUGGGGCUGGAGGGCGUUUAUCUGUUUUACGAAAUGUCACAGUAGCGACCCCGUGCCGGUUUAUGAGACCGCUCUUCUGUGGCACGUGUCUGAUUUUUGGUCUGGAGCCUUUUACCGAAACCAUUUUAAACUCUGUGACUCCAGGACCAGUGAGCGUUUUAAACUCUGUGACUCCAGGACCAGUCAGCGUUUUAAACUCUGAUUCAGGGACCUGUGGGAGGAUGUGUGUUCUUUCGUUUAUCUGUGGGUUUUACUGGCUUUAGUGGGCAGUGAUCUGUAGUUUGAUAUGCAGUUAUGAUCUUGUUCUUUGUAAUGGUUUCCACAAUCGUGCUGCCUGUUCAUGUACCACAGAAGAAGUGAUGUGUGACAGCUUCCUUGGAAAUGGCAAUGUACACAAAAGGACUGAUUGAGAAGACUCUUUUUUGAAUGUCAUUUUUGGAAUAAAUGUUUUUCCACUUUUCCACCAGA